AUGUCUGAACACUCUGAUGCUCAAGCUACGGGAGUAACCCCCGAAGUUUCUGGAACAGCUGACAAUGGCCCCAUUGAUUCUACUGCUGAGAAUCUGGAAAGCUUAGAACUUGAAACCAAGGACCGAACUGAAGGCAACCCAUACGAGGCCGAGGCAUUGGACAAAGAUGACGAUGAUAGUGAUGUAUUCCACGAUGCUUCUAUUGAAAAGGAGUCGGCGGUGCCCAGUACUAAAAGUGCUAAUGUGUCUUCCCAGGAUACAUUUGAAGAUGCCAGUGCCCCGGCGGCAACGGCUGUCACAGAGAAUCCGCCCCAAGCCGGAACCAACCCUUUCGCUCCAGAGUUGACCCACCCAUAUGAAGGUGAGCCUCAUGCUGUUUUGUCAGAGGCUGAUAUUGAUUCCAAGCCUGCUAUUAGCGAGUCUCAUGCUACUGAUGCCACUACUGCUACGACCACAGACGUUCCAUCUGCGCAUAUUCCUCCUCCACUUCCUCCAGGCCACCCUACUCAACCCCCAACCCUACCCUCUCGCGAUGUGACAACCGCAGUACCACCUCUUCCUCCUCGCAAGCGAAAACCAUUCUUCUGGCUUCGUGACAAGCUUUCGCCUGCAACAAGCGACACAGAUGCCCAAAGCACUAAUGGUGGCUCGCAUUCAUUUACAUCUACUUCAAACUUUGAUCUUUUGUUGAGUCGCGUUGAAGCCAAUUUGGAAAACGUUCAGCGAGGUAGAAGUUCUGGUAAAGUUGUUGAUGGAAUUUCCGAAUUGAAGGAACGAUUCCAAGCCAUUCGUGCAGAGCUGGAACCUGCGCAACAAACAAAGCAUUUGAACUCGGCAAUUGAUUCUCCUAGUGAUUACGAUGGCCAACAAGCCAUUGACUGGGACUUUUGGGAGCAAGUUGUUUCUGACUAUCCCAAUGUGGCCAAGAGCAAUCCUAUUGAUUUGUCUCUGGCGAUUGCCCAAGGCAUUCCUAAUGACUUGCGGGGAAUUGUGUGGCAGGUUAUUUCUGGGUCCAAGUCUCUUUCUCUUGAGGAGGUGUACUCUUCAAUAAUUCUGGAAGAUAGUCCGCAUGAAAAGGCUAUUCGACGAGACUUGAGCCGUACGAGCUUUAUUAAGAAUGCUGAUUCUGAGAGUCUUUUCAAAAUUAUCAAGGCCUAUAGUCUUUUUGACCCCGAGGUGGGAUACACACAAGGAAUGGCAUUUAUUGCAGUUCCAUUACUGAUUAGCAUGCCUGAGAAUGAGGCAUUUGGUCUGCUUGUUAAUCUGAUGAAAGAUUAUGGACUGCGAGAGUUUUUCCUUCCUGAUAUGCCUGGCUUGCAUUUGAGAUUAUAUCAGUUUGACAGGAUUUUGGAAGACACUCUUCCAGAUGUGCAUAUUCACUUGGCUCGCCAGGGUGUGCGGUCAAGCAUGUAUGCUUCGCAAUGGUUUUUAACCUUUUUUGCUUACAAGUUCCCGUUGCAGAUUGUUCAGCGUAUUUUUGAUGUCGUUGUUGCAGAGGGCAUUGAGUCUUUGCUGCGUUUUGCUGUUGGUUUGAUUUGUCGCAACGCAGCCACUAUUUUGAAACUUGAGUUUGAUCAAAUGCUGGGCUUUUUGAAGGACAACAUUUUUGAUUACUACCUUGUUGAAAGCAGUUUGAUGCGUGUUUCUAGUGGCGGAAGCAGCCAGAUUGAGCCCCACUAUCGAGUUAACGAUUUAGUUGCGGAUGCUUAUGAUGUCAAGAUUCUCCCUAUUACACUAAAAAAAUAUAAGGACGAAUACAUAGAGCUCAACCGAGUGGAGAAGGAGCGAAUUAAGGAAGUUGAAGAUUUGCGGAGCGCAAACGGACAGCUGACGCAGCGGAUUCGACGAUUGGAGAAUACAGUUGCAGACUUGACAAAUGAGCACUUGACGGUCACAAACGAACUUGCCCACGAACGGGUAAAAGUUGCCAAUCUUGCUGAUGAGAAUGAGGUACUUGCGGCGCAAAAGGAAACAUUAGCUAACCAGAUCGAUUCUCUAGGCGGGGGUGGUGCCGAAGAGUUUUUGUCUCUUAAAACCGAGGUAGACCAGCUACGAGAAGCCAAGGCACGUUUAGAAUCCCAGCUGACCAACUUAGAGUCAGAAUUGGGCGAAACCAAGUCAAAGCUUGAGGGCUUGGAGGCGGAUCAUUCGAAGCUUACGACCAAAUGGCUGACACUGAAGAGUGCAUUUCAAGAAUAA